AUCGCAUUAUCAGUGUUACGGUGGCAGCAUCAAGAGUAAGAUGCUGUGCAUACAGCAGAGUGUAGUGAUUGUUGUUGCAUUGCUGUUGAAUCGAUUCAGCAAUGGUGAUCGCACGUUUAUGUCGUACAUGGAGAACGAAUUGAACAGGAAGCAAACGAUGAUGCCCAAUGUACGCGAAUCGUUGGAUGAUUGUCACAUGCGAUACUACAAACACAGUCUGGUGGAAAGUUCUUAUCCCGUCUUCCAAAGGCCUCAUCAAAAGAUGAGCGAUUUUCCUCAUCUAGGCCGUAUUGGUUGGACCAAUACCGAUGGAACGGUCCGUUGGAACUGUAGUGGAACGUUGGUGUGGGAAAACUUCAUACUAACAUCAGCCCGUUGUACAUCGGAUGGCAACUCCAUGGCUCCAGAUGUGGUGAGAUUGGGCGAUUCUGGUAAGAUGCAGGAGAUAAAGAUCGCGGAAGCUGUACGCCAUCCCGAGUAUAGAGAGGGCAUUAUGCAGCACGACAUUGCGCUGUUACGAUUGCAGUCAAAAGUGGAAUUGGACUCUACAGUUGUUCCGGCAUGUCUUUGGAACAAUGAAGACCUGAAGUUUCACGUUAUGGAUCUGGUUAGUUGGAGUGGCUCAGAUGCAUCAGACGUUGUUAAAACUCAAGUCCGACCCACACUCGAUGGUUGUGAUCGUAUGCAAAGUACGGGCCUAUGUGUUGAAAGUACUGAAUUGGAUUCAUGUUUGGACGGUGGCUUUCUUCAGGUACCUUUAAAUCACAAUGGAAAGGUAACUCCUUUUGUAGUUGCGAUUGGUGCACCAUCGAAUGUAUCGUGCCAAAAAUCGACUCCCACUCCCUACACAAAGGUUUCGUCCUAUGUUCAGUGGAUUGUUUCAACAAUUCAAGCUAGUGGCGAGCCAGCAUGGGAGUGGAAAUUUAAAGAAGCCGAAUGUGCUCUGCGUUACGUCCAUCUAAGACAGUACCAGAAACAAGUGUUGAUCGAUCAGACGGACUCCCUUGACGUGGUGACACCGGCCAGAAGGCGUUUGGAGCCACGAUAUACCGAUGCGAUGGUUGAGAUUCGUUACGGAGGCUAUUCAGUGAGCCGGGAAGACUGUUAUGGGUUGAUCAUAGACGAGGAUACCGUGCUAACGCUGGCCCAGUGUACCACAAACCAUGGGAAGCGUGCCACGUUUGUAAUGUACAUGGGGAAUGAGCGCAAUACCGUGGUGAAACAUUACAACCAUCCUGGAUAUCGUGAGGGACAAUAUUACAACAACAUUGGACUGCUGAAGGUGAGAAGCCGCUUCGUGUUCUUUGGAUCUUUCGUCCCGUUUUGUAUAUGGCAUGAGAGUGAUCUGGCAGACAGCAUUGUUGAGCUGACCGGGCACGGAAGGCGUGAUCUUAAUUACUUCAGUCUACACAAUGCAUCGGUGGAUGUGUUUGAACCACAAAACUUCCAGCUGGUAGCACGCGCCAAUGUGCUUCCCAUAAAUAAAUGUUCCUAUCCGGAAGAGUUUUCAAGCAAUCUAUCGAACGGAUUGACUGGAGAGCAUCUGUGCUUUGGCAAUGAAGCCUAUCUGGUGCCAGAAACAUGUCAACAAGCAGCCGGUGGACCAAUCGGAGGGAAGAAGUUCAAGUUCAACAAGCAGUUCCGCUAUGCGUACGCACUGAACUCUUUCGGGCGCGACUGUGGCUUUGGUCGCGCUGCAGUUGGUGUACGCUUGUCGAGCCACAUUGGCUGGUUGCAAUCGGUCCUGCUCCCCGACUACAGGAAAGACAGUGGAUCGGUUCACUUCCUACAUUCGGAGUUGGAGGAGAAUGAUACCUGCCGGCAUGUGGACGGUGCGGCAGGGCUAUGUGUGGAGGCAACCAGAUGUCCCAAGAUACGAUACGAUUUCUCAGCCAAUCGACGGGUGGUCUUUUGUCAGACGUCAACCGUUGUUUGCUGUCCGUAUGAGAAUAUGGUGAACGAAACGACUGCCAGUGGUCGGGAGUUGGAUGAGUGUGCGGAUCGCAUCAAGGCCAGUUGUGGAAACACGAAUGAAGCGCAGUUUGAUUCGGGUUAUAUUACAGAACCAAAUCUUGUUGAAGUCGGUUGGCGUGGAAUUGGAGAUACUAAAGCCCAGUGGAGUUGUAAAGGAACACUCAUAACCUCGAAUGCUGUUCUGGCUAGUGCCAAAUGCUUACAGCAGCAAUCAUUUGCACCUUCUGUGAUUCGACUUGGCUUGUAUGAGGCAGCUCCUGUAGUGAACGUGGAAGAAACUAUUUUACAUCCGGAGUUUGAUGUGGCCAGUGGCAAGAACAAUAUCGCUUUAAUUAAAAUGAGAGAUGCAAUUGAUCGAUCGACAAUAGCGAUACAUCCGGCAUGUCUUUGGAAGAAUCAAACUCAUACGCCGUUCGAAAUGAUUCAGCCUGUGAUAAAUGGUACAACUGAUUCGUAUGUCUAUCCUACAGCCAUGUACAACAGAGACUGUGAGGCGCUGGAGGAAGGUCUUAGCUCCAACCAGCUGUGUGUUGAUGUGCAGCCGCACGAUACGAAAGUAUCCCUGGGAGAUCUACUGUUUUGGUCGGAAGUGAUGGAUGAUGGCACGCAGGUGCAGUAUUUGGUGGGAAUCAUGAGUCACGUGACCGCCGGCGAUCACACGGUGAACGUUCACAGCCGUAUAUCGUCGUAUGUUGGGUGGAUUAAAAGUAUGCUGUAGGAUUUACAAAAAAACUUCCAUCAAAAUGAGUCUGUAUUCUAAAAGAGGUUGAUUUGUGGCUAAUGAUUGAUGAGACCUACGAAGCUUAAAUAAAAAUAC